CCCUCUAAUUUAAACUAUUCUAUCUGUUAAGUUUUAUUUAUUUACUUACGCAGUCCAGGUUCUCGUUUACCCUGUACUUUUUCUCUCUCUUCCUUCCAGCGAACUAACAAACUUGUAACCCCAUUCCUUUCUCUCUCUCUCUCUCUCUGUGUCUCACUCACUCCCGUUUCUCUCUCUUUCUCUAUCGGAAUUCCGUCGAGUCCGGAGCCUUUCUCAUGUCCCCUGGUGCAAGGAAGUGGACUUCGCCAUGGGGUCCUGCCUCAGUCUUGACCAAGAAGAGCUGAAAGCUCGGGCCAGGAGUGCCGCUAUUGACAAACAACUAAGGGCAUCUGCCAAAGAGGAAGAAACUGUUGUGAAAAUCUUGCUUUUAGGUGCUGCUGAAAGUGGUAAAAGUACCCUGGUAAAGCAGAUGAAAAUUAUUCACAAUGACGGUUUCUCCAAAGACGAAUUAUUGGCUUUCAGACCUGCAGUACUGGACAAUCUGUUGAAUUCCAUGAAGUAUGUUUUGGCAGGGAUGGGAAUAUUACGGAUUAAUCUGGAUGACUCCCGAAACAGGCUGAAUGCUCAGAAGGUGCUUGCAUGCAAUUGCUGCAUGACCGAAAACCAAACCAUGAUUCCAUAUGUGUGGGAAGCACUCUACAAUCUAUGGAUGGACAAAGGUGUCAGACUUGCAGUGUCACGGGGCUACGAAUAUGAACUGAAUGAUUCAGCAAUCUACUAUUUUGAAAACAUGAACCGGAUCUGCUCAUCAACAUAUAUUCCAAACUCCACAGAUGUGUUACGCGCCCGAGUACGUACGACUGGCGUUUUAGAAACCUGCUUUAGAAUCAACUAUGUGAUAUUUCGAAUGUUUGAUGUUGGUGGUCAGCGGUCAGAACGGAGAAAAUGGAUCCAGUGUUUUGAUGAUGUGCGAGGAGUUUUGUUUGUGGUGGCCCUUAGUUCGUAUGACAUGUGCCUGUAUGAAGAUCAUACCGUGAACCGAUUGCAAGAAAGUCUAACACUUUUCAAAGGCAUUUGUAAUAACUCAUUCUUCUAUUUCUCCUGUAUGAUACUCUUUCUCAACAAACUCGACUUAUUCAAAGACAAAAUUCUCCAUUCUCAUCGUCAUCUACAUAUAUUCUUUCCAGAAUAUAAAGGUUCAAUCCAAGACGUAGACGUAGCGGCCAUGUACAUCCAGAACCUAUUUCAAAUGCAGAAUCGAAACCAGUACAAAGUCAUCUACCCCCAUUUCACCACGGCGACCGACACCAGCAACAUUCAGGUCGUCUUCGAAGUCGUGAUGGAAUCCAUUCUGAAGGAGAACCUCAAAGCAGCCGCUCUCCUUUGAACCCUGGAAACCAAUUCACCUGUAACCGAUGUUCACACAAAUGCUACGAACUCAUACUGCUAUUACCACUACUACUACUACUGCUGCUGCUGCUGAUGUUGCUGUUUUUGCAGGGGUGGGUGGUGAAGGGGAGGUUGUUUUUAGUUGUUGAUUUUUUACAAAAACAAACGUUUUUUUUUUUGUUUUUUUUUUUUAAAUUUCAAGCCAGACAAAUUAGAGGAAAUAUAGUGGGUUUUGCAGUUUAGAUUACAAAACCCACCCCAACCCUUGUUGGUGCCAUCUGAUGUUGACUGAAUGAAAGUAAAGUUGCGGAGUUUAUGUGUGAGAAAGCUGAACUUUAGAUGUAUAUAAUAUAUAUAUAUAUAUAUAUAUAUAGCAGUGCUCCAGCAUGGCCACAGCUCAUGAACUGAAACUAGACAAAAUGAAAAAAAAAUGAAAUAUAUAUAUAUAUAUAUAUAUAUGUAUUAAAACACACACACACUCAAAAACAAAACAUGCAUGCCUGUAAAUAUGUAUAGACAUAACUAUAUAUAUAUAUAUAUAUAUACACUCAAACAUAUAUAUGUAUAUACACUCAAACAUAUAUAUGUAUAUAUCUGUGUGUAUGUAUACGCACUCGCACACAUAUAUAGUGUACAGUUCCAUGAUGGUAAGAUCAACUAAAAAAUGUACUCCAUCUGGUGAGAGAUAAACAUUUUAGUCUGUUAUGCCAUGUGGGCAGUGUCUGAUGAUUUUUGCUAGGACACCAGACGUGUUAAAAACAUUGUUUGGCAUGUUCUCAGCACAUGAAACUAGUAAUGGCACUUAAAACCAUAUACUGUGCUAAUUAAAUAAUAUAUAUAUAUGAAGGCCAUUUGCUACCUGAAAUGGUUGUAAACCAAAGCUAUUUUUCACAUAUGAAAUUCAAGAGAAGACACAGCAAAUUUGAGCUGGGAUGUUACACUGAGUGGAAAUUAGGCAGCAACUGGUGCUGUUCUGUUGAAACUCCCAGCUUGUCACCAUCCAUUGUCACCAGCUUGCUUGUUCAUUACUAGAGACACUAUUCAUCACCUGAGAUGUUUAACGUUCGAAAACUUGUUUGUAACCUGAUUUGUUCAUGAUGAGAGGCAUUCAUAAACCAAGCUUCAGUGGUCAGAGUGUUAGGCUCACAAUCAUGAGGUAGUGAGUUCAAUUUCUGGACCAGGCUGUGUGUUAUAUUCCGUUCAGCUGCAGAAAUGAGUUGCGACGUCACAGGUGCCAAACUGUAUCGGCCUUUGCCUUUCCCUUGGAUAACAUCGGUGGCAUGGAGAGGUGGGGGCUGGUAUGCAUGGCCGACUGCUGGUCUUCCAUAAACAGCCUUGCCCGGACUUGUGCAUUAAAGGGUACCUUUCUAGGUGAAAUCUCGUGGUCAUUCAUGACCGAA